AUGGUUGUUCUACAGUACAGUGAUUCUGAUAUUUCAUCAGGAGGAUCAUGUUAUUCUUCAUGCUCGUCAUCUGAUAAUGAGUAUGAGGAGUUGAACCCAACUCAAUUGCUUUCUUUGGCGAUUAAGAAACGUCGCGCUGUGUACAAUCGGAGAGAACGAGAUUUUCGUCAAGAAUUGCUGCAUACCGGCCUUAUUCAAUCAUUGUGCAAAUAUUUGGGCGAAGCGCGUGUAAAGCGUCGACGUCAUCGUCGGUCAAAAAGCUCCAGGAAUCGAUCAGCGGCAAACCGUAAACGUGAGUGGUCGGAUAAUGCCAGUUUGGCUAGUCCUGAAAGUGCAACGGUCGAAUUGACCACUUUCACAUGCCCUGAGUUUUCAAACUUAGGUGGUAGUUUUCGUGUUAAACAACCACAUAUUCAGUGUUCGGUAAAUGUCUUGUCCGACUGUUAUGAACCGCCUGAGAAGAAGCCUUGCCGCUGUGAUCAUGGUGAUCCUUUCGGUUUGGAGCCAAUUUUUAAGGAAAUGUUUGGAUCCGGCGUGGAUGUUGAAGUAGUUGGAGGAGUCAUGUUGCUGCGGUGCAUGAACUUUAUGGCCAUAUUUAGUGACUAUCAGAAUGAUCUCUAUUCGGAAACGGGUCGUCAAGAACUGGGAUUGGACGAGGUUUUUGACAAGAGUGACAUCUGUAUAUACAAUGAACUUUUUCAAAAUUGCUCAGUGGAGGAGGAUUGGUGA